GUUAGUGGAAGAGAUCGUUUGUUUAUUAUAAAUCUUUUGAAGAUGAAAUUGUUUACGUCGUUAGUGGUCAUUUUUGCAUUGCUUGGCACAGCCUUGUCACUUAAAGAUGCUAUUUGCGGUUUGCCAAGAGAGAUUGGCCAGUGUCGUGCUAGUAAACCACGUUUCUCGUACGAACCUGACUCCAAUGAAUGUGUCAAAUUCAUUUAUGGCGGCUGUCAUGGAAACGAGAACAAUUUUGCCACCAAGAGUCAAUGCGAGGACAAGUGUAAAGAAUAAAAUUAACCUGCUGAUUAUGAAAGAUAUUAGAGAUUUAAGACAAAUGUUGUUGUUGAUUUAGUAUUCAAUAUGCAAACUAUUGCAAGUAAAAGCAUCACAAAUUUGGCGAAAAACAAACGCUAACCGAAAUGAAAAAUGUACUAAGUUCCUGUCAUGGUUAUAUACAUUACAUAUUAUAAAAAAAAUUAAAUUUUUUGAAAAUAUCUUAA